AUGUUGCAACACUUGAUUUUCCCCAACAGCGGCCUGAUGUUGUUCCGGCCGAUAGGCAGCGCUAUUGAAGUGCUCAGCCCAUGGAUUCGCGCCGUCAGCAGCACAGAGUCGCUUUUUGAGCAGUCGUUCACUGUGGACAGAUCUUUGGACAACAGCACUGUCAAGAAGUGCGCAGUGGACGAUUUCGAGUACGAUUUCAGUGAGCCAAACCCUAUGAACUGGGACCUAUCAGAGGUCCUGAAACAACGCACCAAAGGCAUCGCAUCGUCCAGUGCUGUCGAGUCGACGUCCGACGCUAUGUACUAUCUCGCCGACCCUGAAGACGACUCUUCCGACGAAGAGGAUGCCCUCGGAAACGAGUACACCCUCGACCAUGAACACUUUUUACAUUUCCAGAGGUUGGCGCAAGAAUCUCUGGCUGCCCGCCAAGCUGUCACCCCGCUUCCAACAAUCAAGCAAGAAGAUCCCGUGCUUUCUUCUUCGCAAUCUUCGCUUCCAAGAUCGUCGUCCGACGGGUCUGAAUCCACGCUUGUCCGUUCGCCCACCUCGUCAGAGUCGGACCAAGACUCGUAUAUCUGUGAUAUCUGCCAUGUUUCGCUGAAACUGAAGUCGUAUCUCACGAGACAUAUGAAGAAACAUCGCGACAUGCUUCCAUACAAGUGCCCUUAUCACUCUGCCAAUAAGGACGCAGACUUUAAGACCUCCUGGGCAGAGUAUUGUGGAACCAUAUGUCAUCCAACAGGUAGUUUUUCGAGAAGAGACACUCUCAAGAUGCACCUCAAAGCACGCCAUUUCAUCUAUCCGAUGGGGACUCGUUUCAAAAACAGAAACACUGCUCCAGGAAGGUGUGCUGGCUGCUUCACUGAGUUUCCUAGCAACUCAGAGUGGAUCAACACGCAUGUGCUGAACAACUCGUGUCCCGCGUUUGUAAUGAAGUACAAAUAG